AUGAGUACUGGAUUUUUUGUUCGGCACAACAAGGAACCUCAUGAUGUACUAGAGUGGCUUAAGGGAUUACCAUUACCACACUUACAGUGUUUAGAUGAAACGAAGACCAAUAAUUGGGAUUGCAAAACUCCUACAAGCAUCACAUCCUCUAUGGAUUAUUCGACUGGCACAGUUGAAUCUCCCGAAUCAGUGACCACUCUUAGUCCAGAUAUUUCCGGGGGUGUGAGUAAUAUCUCUCUUGAUGACUCUUCUGAUUCAAAAAAAGCAUCAUGGGAAAAUGUAAGUAAUCAAACUGAGGUAGACGUUACACUAGUUGCAGCACCUAAAGUAAAUUCUGAUUCUAACGAGCAAACACAGUUUACUAUUCAUAAAUCUUCAGUAACUUCUGACCAUUUUGUUAAUGAAAAUAUUUCCCCUCAACUCUCAUCAUUUACAAUUAGUGAACAGUUUUCUGUUGGUCAAAAUCCUCAUUUUUUUAAGACCCGAAAUACAAUAGUUGAUCAGAGUUCAGAAAAUUUUACUUACCUACUAGAGGGAAAGUCCAAUAAGUUCCUCUCCCAGGGCUCUUCAGGUUACGGAUCUGCAGGUUCUGAUAGUUCUCCUGGAUCUCUUGGGAGUGAUAGUCGUCCACCAAGUUCCACCCAAGUUCUUGAUAUGCUAUUGUCCAACAGAAGUAUUAAUGGGAUCCCUCCUUUACCAGCAAUUCAGCGUGCCAAACCUUCGUACACUCUCAGAGUCAAUCAACCCAAUAAAUGUUUGAACAAUAUUUCGGAAAACAAUGUUAGUCGAUCUAAUUUGUCAAUCCGUCCCACCGUGUCAGAUUCAUUUUCUAAUCCUAGUUGUCAAGUCUCCUCUGUGCAUUCAAUAAGUGGUUCUGAUCAGUGGAGUACGUUAUCCUUAUCAUCUAGAACAACUCAUAUACCUACAUCUCAACCUGUUACGGAAAAUUCUGUUCAUAAUCAACUAACGUCACUCAUUGAAAAAUUUGAACCCAACUCGAAUAAAGGAGUUGAUUUAUGUGCCAGCACGAAACAUGAAAAGCAUACCCCUUUAAAUAAUGAUUCCGAACAAAAAGGUAAAAGUUUUUGCUCUUCAAAGAUGGAAUUCAUCUGUGGUCGUCCCAAUAUAAACAAACGGAAAGUAGUUGGCCAAUCACGUUCCUCUUCUGUUGGUGCUCAGUUGCAACGCUCUCCCGCUCAAAGAUGGUCAGUCAAACCGCCACAAAUUAUAAGAAAUCUUCAAGUCGAUCAAAAUUCUUCAAUAUGUGUACACGAUAAUACCACUCGUAUGCGCUCGCCAGUAAUUCCAAAUGCUACCUCAUCCAUAUUGAACACGAACCAUGGGACCAUUUUAGGGAAAAAUACGUCUCCACAACAAUAUCAUCAUCAUUAUUUCUAUUAUUAUUAUGACAAUCAACUCGAUGCAAAUAAUCUAAAUAAACCAUCUAAUACAUCAUGGGUAGCCAAAGAAAAUACAAGUACUCUUGGUAGAAAUUCGCCAUCUUAUCUUACUAAUUCAACUUCCAAUUCAUUGGUUAGUAACUCUCUACCCACAAGCAACAUAUCACCUAUUCUUUCAGGAAGAAUGUGUCAACGGUUAAAUACUCAUCCAAUUCCAAGACAAAGCAGUUUGCAAUUUCCAUCUAACGAUUUUAGAUCAUCCAAAAUGGAGUCAAAUUCACUUUUUUUCUCUGGAAUGCUAGGAUCACGUCUACCUAUGGCUUCACAAUCCACUUAUCAGAUUAUAUCCAACGAGGCCCAUGGGCGAUACCUUAACCGAAAUACUUUCCAACAUCCACUUGUAUUCAGUAAUUCAACGUUAAAAGACGCUGGUACAUUGAUAAAGAAAGGUGAACAUCCUAAACAUACACACAGAUCAAUGUCACAACCUCCUAAAUUACGAGAUUGGCUAUCUUUUGAAACAGAAUUGUGAAGAUACAUCUGAUGAUACUAAUGCAUAUCAACAGAAAUAUCGAAAUCCAUUUACGUUCCUAAACUUAGUUCCAGCUCACCUUUGUCUUUCGAUGCUUGCAUCAGCAUUUUGUUGUUAGGGCGAUUUUAUUGAUCAUCUUCAAAU